GUCACAGCGAGUUCUAGAUGGAAUGACAGCGACAGCAUCAUCGGGACAAGCAGCGGCAGCAAGUGCAGAGCAUCACCAGCUCCUAUAGAGACAGGGCUGCCGGGAACAGCUUCAUCUCUCUCCAUCUCUGUGUCCCUGUACUACUCCCAGCACCAUGAGCUGCUCAGAUGAUAGCGCCAAGGAGAAGCUGCUGUGGAACGUCAAGAAGGAGGUGAAGCAGAUCAUGGAGGAAGCGGUUACCAGGAAGUUUGUGCAUGAAGACAGCAGCCAUAUCAUUGCUCUCUGUGGUGUGGUAGAGGCAUGUCUUCUGCACCUUCUGAAGAGGAGAGCGGCUGGCUUCCUAAGAAGUGAUAAAGUGGCAGCGUUGUUCAUGAAAGUGGCCAAAACCUGUGCAACAGCUGCAGAUAUAUGCAAGAAAGUGCAAGAUCUGCAGCAACAAGUGGAAGGCAGGAAGAACCUCUCCAAUGGUCAAGAAUCUUUGAAAAGGCAGAACUCAACAACAGGAAGAACAGUCACCCUCACGCCACAAGCUCUUAAGCACAUAUGGGUGCGUACGGCCCUCAUAGAAAAAGUACUGGACAAAAUUGUGCAAUACAUUGUGGAUAACUGCAGUAAAUACUACGAGAAGGAAUCUUUAAUGUCUGAUCCUGUUUGUGGGCCCAUUUUGGCUGCACUUUUGGUGGGGCCCUGUGCGUUGGAAUACACAAAGCUUAAAACUGCUGAUCAUUACUGGACAGAUCCCUCUGCUGAUGAACUGGUGCAACGGCACAGAAUCCAUGGGGCUCACAGCCGGCAAGAUUCACCCUGCAAACGGCCCGCUCUAAGUAUCAAAAAACGCCAUUCCAGCGGUAGCAUGUCAGAGGAUAAGUUUGCUGCCUCAGCUAGAGAAUAUGUUGAAUCUCUUCACCAGAAUUCUAGAACGCACCUUCUGUAUGGGAAAAAUAAUGUUCUAGUACAGCCAAAAGAAGACAAAGAAGCAAUUCCUGGGUAUCUUUCAUUGCACCAGUGUGGUGAGAACCUGACCUUAAAAUGGACUCCAAACCAGCUGCUAAAUGGAAAUCUGGGGGACUCAGAGCUUGAAAAGAGUGUGUUUUGGGAUUAUGCCUUGAUUGUGCCAAUCAGCCAGAUUGUCUGCAUUCACUGCCACCAGCAGCCAGACAGUAGGGGUACCCUUGUUCUGGUUAGUCAGGAUGGAAUCCAGAGACCCCCACUCCACUUUCCUCCAGGAGGACAUCUACUUGCUUUUCUUUCCUGCCUAGAAAAUGGACUUUUACCCAGAGGGCAGUUGGAGCCACCCUUAUGGUCUCAACGAGGGAAGGGGAAGGUAUUUCCCAAACUCCGGAAAAGGAACAGCUCCAACAAGUCAGUUGACUUUGAUGAAAAUGUGGUUGAAGAAGUAACUACAGAUUAUGUCUUCAGAAUCAUCUAUGCAGGUCACAAGCAUGAUAACAUUACUAUUAACUACCACCACUUAGCUGCCAGUCGUUCGGUCUCUGUUGAUGAUGAUGAAGAAGAAGAAGAUAGGCUUCACGCCAUGCUAUCCAUGAUCUCCUCUCGGAACCUCACAGCUCCUAAUACGAUGAAAGAGUCUGGCGAUGUGAUAGAGAUGCAAGGUUUUGGUGCUAAUCUUUUACCCUGGCAGCUGAAUGAAUUCUGCAGCCAGGGCUCUUCCUGCCUAUCCUGCUCCACAGGCAGCUCUCCAUACGACAUUUCAAGUUGUUGCAGUUGUGCACACGACAGGGCACCACUCAAACUUCUGUGCGAGAAUAUGAAGAAACAGAUUGUGUCUCGAGCCUUCUAUGGAUGGCUUGCCCACUGUCGACAUUUGUCCACUGUUCGGACCCAUCUUUCUGCCCUUGUCCAUCACUCCAUUAUUCCACCUGACAAACCUACAGAUGCCUCGGGUGGGCUAACCAAGGAGGUGUGGAGCAAGUAUGAAAAGGACAUGAAGAACUACAAGGAGUUGGAGCUACUCAGGCUAGUGUACUACGGAGGAGUGGAGCAUGAAAUCCGCAAAGAGGUGUGGCCGUUCCUCCUGGGACAUUACAAGUUUGGCAUGACAAAAAAAGAAAUGGAUCGAGUGGAUGAAGCCAUUGCAGCCAGGUACCAAAAAGUCAUGGCAGAAUGGAAAGCCUGUGAGGUGAUCGUGAAGCAGAGAGAAAAAGAGUCCCAUUCGGCCAUUUAUGCCAAGCUUUCUUCGGGCAGUAGUAUUGACAGCCAUGUGCUGCGUCUGAUUCAUCGGGAUUCUACCAUCAGUAAUGACGUUUUUAUGUCUACGGAAGAAAUAGAUAUUACAGACAGAGAUCUGAAAGGACACAACGGGAAAGCAUCCAAUCUCGCCAGUACUCCCAUUGCAUUGGCAGUGGAUCCCCAGCAGUCAGUGGAAUUUGACUCUCCAGAUUCUGGUCUUCCCUCUUCUCGGAAUUAUUCCGUGACCUCGGGCAUCCUUUCCAGCAUUGAUGAUGGACAUAGCAUCUGCUUUGAGGAAGAGGAGUCAAACACGGAAUCUGAUAGGACAGAAAUGACCGUGUGCCCUGCACGGAAAUCCAGAGCAAUCCUCAAAAUGCAGGAAUCAAUAAGUGAAGAGCAGUUGAGCUCACAGCUAGACUAUUUAAAUGCCACAGAAGACAUCUCUUCCAUGUGUCCCACAUCAUAUACAAUAGAACUAUUGGAUACCAUUGCCUUAAAUUUGCAUCGCAUUGAUAAAGAUGUGCAGCGGUGUGAUCGCAAUUACUGGUAUUUCACUGAUGAAAACCUAGAAAAGCUCCGGAACAUCAUGUGCAGUUAUGUGUGGGAACACCUGGAUAUAGGCUAUGUCCAAGGAAUGUGUGACCUGUUGGCUCCACUAAUGGUUGUUUUGGAUAAUGAUUUGCUGGCAUAUAGCUGCUUCACUCAACAGAUGAAAAGAAUGUGUCAAAACUUUCCAAAUGGGGGUGAAAUGGAUACACACUUUGCAAACAUGAGAUCCUUAAUCCAGAUUUUGGACUCUGAGCUGUUUGAACUUAUGCACCAGAAUGGAGACUAUACGCAUUUCUAUUUCUGUUACCGCUGGUUCUUGCUUGAUUUUAAACGAGAAUUGCUCUAUGAAGACGUAUUUGCAGUGUGGGAGGUCAUUUGGGCUGCUAGACUGAUAUCCUCAGAGCAUUUUGUGCUCUUCAUUGCUCUGGCUCUGGUGCAGGUCUAUCGGGAGAUUGUACGUGACAAUAAUAUGGACUUCACAGAUAUCAUCAAGUUUUUUAAUGAAAUGGCGGAACAUCACGAUGCACAGCUAAUUCUGAGGAUAGCUCGGGACCUGGUUCACAAGGUUCAAACACUGAUUGAAAACAAAUGAAGCUCAUCCUUAUUAAUUAUGGAGAACUGCAAGAUGAUCCCCAGAACGUUCAGCGUACAGCUGAGUCAGGCAGCACUGGGAUUCAUGAUAUCUUCUUGCACUGUAGAUCCAUAAAGACAUUUUAGGAGAUUUUCCACCAAAUGGGCUAAAUAUUUUAAAUUUGUAAAAUAAGCUAAAAAUACAAAAAAAAACCUCCAAAACAAACAGCACAAAUCAGGAUCCGCUAAAGUUUGUUUAUGAGAAACUCCUCUAAUUUGAAGUGAAGGAAAUGAAAUAGAUGGACUCCAAUGAACUCUUCACUGAUAGAGAGGCCAUAGUAUAUAUGGGAACCCCUGUAGGUAGGAGUAAGUGGUAUUCUGUAGAUACCUUCCACUGUUGGCCAAGGAAUUUUUAAAAUAUCCUUGUGUCUGUUACAUUUGGCUGAGGAUCGUAUAUGUUGCACUUUGCAAACUAUAUUACAGUUGAAUGUGUUUUUGUUCAGCAUGCAGAUAUGUGUCUGGAAAAUUCCACUGUGAUGAUCAAUGAAGGGCUGAGCAGCAGGCCACAAACAUACUGGUGUGUAGAUAGGGUGGUCCACCUAGACAAGAAGGCCUACGACUUGUAUCUGAAGAAAUCUCUUCGCAAUUCCCACCUGAUCCCUGAACAAAAUAGAAAAAGGCCAGCUAUAUGGCCAUGAUGCAAUAGGUUAAACCCAUUUGGUGCUCUUAUUCUGUAUUUUCUCCUACCAAUAUAAAAGAAAUAUAUGUGUUUGUGGGAAGAGUUAUCACCCAGUGGUUCCCAGAAUAACAAAAAAUGAUAGUAUGUGUUUUUGUUAGUAGACAUUCUAAACCCAGGGCUGCUUACAGCAGAGCUAACAGAAUGAAGGCAAAAAAUGGAGGAUAACCACUUGUUUCAUGGCAGCUCAUCAAAAAGAACUCUGAACAGACUUUUAUGAACUCUGUGUUCAUUAACUUGCCCUUUACUACAAGGCAGAGGUUUCAUGCAGAGGAGGAGGGAGUUUGGGGAAGCUACCAAUAGAAGACUUCCAUUGAAAAACUUAUAUUUAUUUUUGAAUAUGUAGCGGUUGGUCUUGUUUGGGGUGGUUUUUACUUUAAAAGGAAAUGUGCCCUUAUUUUUUUCUCUUUCGGAGAGGCUAAGCCCACCUAAAUCUUUAUUAUUCUCUGCCUGUGGUGCCAAGAAAAGCAACUGUAUUGGUUCCAUGUUUGCCAACUGACUAUCAGUGAUUCUGGAUAUCGUUGCAGAGGCCAGACUGUCACUAUGAAAAGGUCAGGAUCUCAGGAAUCCCCAUUUAUAAGACAUUCUCAGACCAGUGAAGUCUGUGUUGCUGCUCAGCUCACAUAUCAUGCUGCUGCUAUCUGAGAGUUUACACACCCUGUUGAAUAUAAAAACAGCCGUGUUCUUUUGGUGCCAAAAAAAAAAUCACCAACACACCAUUCUCACAGGGAGUGCAUGAACCUUCCUCAAGUAUUAUUAUUGUAAAUAUCUUUAAGUAAUGUUUCACUUUGCCAUCAUGAUUUGCCAGUCAGUGGGUCAUUGUUCUAUCAAAUCUUCUCUGAAAUUGCUGGAAGAAUAAUAACACAAGUAAGUAUUGAGGCCAUGAAAGAACCAUAGGGCUCAUUUAUCACAAGGUGCAAAGUGCUAAAAACAGGCAAAAAUAUUAUGCCUCUUUCCCUGGGAGUAGGCUGUAUAGGUCGCCCUUGUACCUGUGAGCUUGCGUUUUAUGCCUUUAACUGGAAGCCCAUUAAAGAUCCAGCACAAGAAGGCAGAGAGCAGCUGCUCUGCAAUAGCUCCAUGUAUAAGUGCUGUGCGUAUUGUAUACUGACAUAGGCAAUGCUCUGCUGAUUAGUGCACAUAGGUCUCACACCCAGGGGUAUGUUUACUAACAUUGGAGAUAAAUAUCUGGAGAAAUUUCUGGAGAUGUGGCCCAUGGCAACCAAUCAGCAAUUAGAUUUAAACAGCCACAGCCAAGUUAGAAAACAAAAGCAAAGAUCUGAUCUGAUCUGGGCAACAUCUCCAGAAAUCUCUCCAGAUAUUUAUCUCCAAUGUUAGUAAACAUUCCCCCCAGUAUUGGCAAAUGAACCGCCAUGAGAUUAAAAUGCAAUCUCGUGAUAUCUAAAAUAGAAUGCUGCAAUAUUCACAGUAUAAGUACUGUAAGAGCUUCCUAAUCUGAGCACAUUUCAGAGUUGGAGUUAUGGGGCCAUUAGGCAUUGCUAGAAGACAGAGGUCCUACACUAAGGGAGAAAAAAGAAUGUAACCCUGCAGUGCCAUAUUUACAACAGCUGGGGCUGCAAGUUGGAUAUCCCUGAAGUACAUAAUGAAUAUAUCCAAUAUUAUUAUAAAUGGUGCUUUUAUCAAUAUUUUACCCUUCAAAAGGUUAUCUGGCAAUGCUGAGGGCCUAUGAUAAAUGCCUGCUUUCCCCACUGAAAAAACAGUUUUGCCACAGAGUUAAGGAUUAAGGGGCAUUUCAGCUGGCUGAAGAGCAUCCUAUGUUCUAUCUUGUCCUUUACAGGAGCCUGGUAGAAGGGAAUCAGAUGGCACUCACGCAUUCAAAAUGUGCUAAAUAUGUUUGGUUUAUUGAGAUCUCCACACAACGUUUCGGGGGAUCUAACCCCUUUUUCAAGAGAACACUUAAGAUCUCAAUAAACCAAACAUAUUUAGCAUAUUUUGGAGGUGUGAGUGCCAUCUGAUUCCCUUCUUGUUCUGCCUGUAAUUGGAACCCCUGAGCAACAGAGUUCCCAGAUAGAACACCACCUAAGUCACCACACAGAAUCGGGAUUUUUGUAAAAGUGGUAGAAGGCUUAACUCUGUGUUGUCCUUUCCUGUUUGGCCUUGUGCAAAGGUCCCUGGUAGAGCAUAGAUCUCAGUCCUAUGAUCAUGGCUUCUUUAGCCUGUACCUCCCAGCUGCUGCCAGGGAUGUUCUAGUCAAGUCCUACAGAAAAGCGGAAAGGUUUAAAUACUCAUUUGCUAGUGCCUCAUUGUUAUUUUAUUGCCAGAGUUGCACUAAUUCCCAGAACCCAAGGUUAUUCUGUUCCCUUGCAUGUGUAAUUUUUUGUGUUUGUUUCUAAAAAUGACAAUGGUUUCUAUAAAUAAGCUGCUGUGCUGCCACAGAGGCUGCCAUUACAGUUCCAAUGUAGCUGACAAUGCUGACAGAUGCAUUGUUUAGAAUACAGUGGGCUUAGAUAAACGGGUACAAAAACAUGUAUGACCUUUCUCAUCACUGAUCUGUAAAGAAAGCAUUUUCUCUUUGUGGUAUCUGGUCCUAUAGAGGGAAAUGUCGUUUUUGUAGAUUGGAAAAGUAACAAUAUAAAUCAUUCGGCAAUUGGUUCAGUGGCGUAACCAACAGCAGAGCCCUGUGGUCAGUGGGGGGAAAUUGGGGUGCAGACCAUGGGGUCUGCUGUAUUGGGUCUCUGACCAGCCUCCCUCCUACAUUAAACUCUGUAAGUUAUUCUUGAUAGGAGCACGAGUGAGGAGGGUGCCCUCAGUAGGCAAUUUGUGUGAUUUUUUUGCAGGGGGCCAAGCACCUUCUUGUCAUGCUACUGAACUGGUCGUUAUGAUUAUCCCUUGUGUUUCAGAAUUAAUUUUGAAUAAAUGAAAAAACAAGAAAGUGCUUUGUGUUUCUGACAGUAACGUAACUUGGUGGGGGCGGGCCCUGGUGCGGGCCGUGCAGACUGGCCCGCCCCCACCCUCGUGUGCUCAAUGUAUCUCUGCGCCUGCAGCCGACUCCAGCCGCACGAUCUUCCGGGGGACCCUGCGGGGGUGCGGGCCCUGGCCCAUUUGCACCCCCUGCUUCCCCGGUAGUUACGCCCCUGGUUUCUGAUGCGGUUUUACUUUAUUAUAUAGUGACAAUGCCCUAUUAGUGGUAAUUUCUCAUUUAUUAUGAUCCCUGGAUGAACUACAAGAGCACUAAAAGAAGCAAAUGUGCACCCCUUAGUGAUUGUGUAAUGAGCAUACCUGUAUCUGGCUGGUAUUGUCCCGAAUAAAAGAUCAACAAGCCAGACUUGUCCUUACUGACUGCCACAGGGCAUCUGCUGCUGCUCCCUAAAUUGCACAUCUGAAUGAUUCACAAGUUAAGGAAUGGGAGGUGCCAUGUCUAUGUGGGGGUAUGUGUAUGAGCUCCUCACAAAUUCAGAGCUGGUAAAUGCAGGCAAAAAGCUGUAUUCAUGGGGUAAGCUGCAGGUCGAGCAGCAGAGAAAUUACAAUGUAGAGAAAAUAGCAGAAUGUGCCACUUUCAACCCAGCCUUCCACAUUGUAAAUGACCCCUAGUGUUUAACCAAUUGUAGGGUUUGCCUUGCACCCAUUACAGUACUCCCUUGUUGGCUCAUACACUUACACAAUGGUGGGCACCAUAUUCAGCAUCCUGAUUAGCCCAAUCACAGAGCUCAACAGUGCUUUUUAUAACAAUCAUACUGCCAUCUUGUGUAUAACUGCUUAUCACUCCCCACUACCAUCCACAGCUCUACUUCAAACUAUAUAGGGACUUCUCAGUGGCCUCUGGCAUGUACCCACCUGGUGCUGCUCAUCCCUUCAACCACCAACAUUCAUUUAGGUCGAUUUUUUAAAUACAGGUAUAGGAUCCUUUAUCCGGAAACGCAUUAUCCAGAAAACGUUGAAUUUCGGGAAGGU